AUGGAAAACAGAAAGGAGAUGGUGAUGCUCGCGGAGGGAGGUCAACUUGGCACCGUGGUUGGUAAGACGGGCUCUAAUUUCUCGGAAGCAGUUGGAAGCCCCGCGCAAGAACCGCAAGGAAUGACGGUCAACAGGAACUGCCUGAGCCCGGGUUCUGCACCCUACUCGCGAGACAGAGCGGACGAAGAGGUGGAAGGCGCACAGGGACGCGUGUGCGCUGAUGUAAGGCCGGUUGGCAUGUCCUCUUCUACCGAGAGACACCGGAUAGAUCACACCAACAAAGAAACCAGCAGCUCGGACACUGAGUCAGACUUCUAUGAGGAAAUUGAUGUGAGCUGCACGCCAGAAAGCAUGGACUACCCCAAUGGGAAAGGUCGAAACGGUGAUUCCCCCUGCCACCCGAGUGACAGCGGCAUGGAUCUUGGUAAGAUGGGUUCGGGACAGGGCUCGCUGUCCUACGGGGCCGACGCGAUGCGACGGUACCGGACAGCAUUCACUCGGGAGCAAAUCGGUCGGUUGGAGAAGGAAUUCUACCGGGAGAAUUACGUGUCCAGGCCGAGGAGAUGUGAACUGGCGGCUUCACUAAAUUUACCAGAGACCACAAUCAAGGUGUGGUUCCAGAACCGCCGAAUGAAGGACAAGCGGCAGCGUCUGGCCAUGACGUGGCCUCACCCUGCCGACCCCGCCUUCUACGCCUACAUGAUGAACCACGCGGCCGCCACUGGGAAUCUUGGUUACUCCUUCCCGUCCCACCUGCCAUUGCCGUAUUACUCCCACCUUGGGGUCGGAGCCGGCUCGGCCUCCUCCGCCACUCCAUUCUCCAACCCACUCAGGUCCCUCGACAGUUUCCGGAUGUUGUCUCAUCCCUACCAGAGGCCGGAGCUGCUGUGUGCGUUCAGGCACCCAUCCCUGUACCCCAGCCCGGCCCACAGCCUCGGUCCCGGGGGAAGCCCCUGUUCCUGCCUCGCCUGUCACUCCGCUCAAACAAACGGCUUUCCACAGAGGCCCACCGGGUCAGACUUCCCGUGCUCCCCAACGAGCAGGACUGACACGUUUCUGACGUUUACACCGUCGGUACUGAGCAAGUCCUCGCCGGUGACUUUGGACCAGAGAGAGGAGGUGCCAUUGACCAGAUAAAACGAAGAGAACACAUCUAAAUGUGUUCAUUGGACUGAGUCAAUGAAGCGCAGAAGAGGGCCAUACGCUUUUACCAUGAUGAGCUUUUAUCAAACUUAAAGAAAACACAUGAACAAGACUCAAACAGCAUGAAUAGAACGCUCGUGUGGAGCAGACUCCAUACC